AAUAAAAACCUUGUAUUUCGUCGGUGGGGUUGCCGGAUCGGGCACUCACGGGGGAGUUUGAGGCGGCCAUUGCGCCGCAGAAGCUUCCCCUCUAGGUUUGGUUACCUCUGAUUAAACCUUCGUUGACUGACAGGUAAACGAGGAAAAGGUGUGUUAAUUGAACCGUUGGUUGGAAAUAUAUAAAAUGGUCAAAUUUACAAACACUGAGCCCACUUUUCCAAUGACCGGAGUUGUUUGGAUAUCGUCGUCAUCAUCACCAUCCACUCCCUCUACCCCUACUACUACUACGAGUCUUUGUUCGCCACGACGAUGCCGUCUCCACUUCGCAACGGCGAUGCCGCCCAUCCACGCCUCCCCUCGCCCGCUGCCCCUACGCCGCUCCACCACCACAACCACAACUACCCUUCCUUCCGCUCCACCGUCUCCGAGCAGAAGAUCCGCCGCCUCAACCUGCUCAUCCUCCUCCUCCGCCUCGCCGCCUUCUGCUUUUCCCUCUCCGCUGCCGUCUUCACCGCCGCAAACUCCUCCCGCUCCGCCUCGUCCCCUUAUUCCUGGCUGAGCGUCGACUCCUUCCGAGUCAUGUUUGCGGCGAACGCCAUCGUGGCCGUCUAUUCCCUCCUCGAGAUGUGCGCUUCCAUCCGGGAGAUCCUCCACGGCGCCACCCUCCUCCCGGAGCCCAUGCAACUCUGGUUCGACUUCGCCCACGACCAGCUGUUCGCGUACCUGGCGCUCUCGGCGGGGGUGGCGGGGGCGACGGCUGCGCGGGGGCUAAGCGGGUGUACCGCGGACAAGCCGGCCGCCUCCUUCUGCGUGCAGGCGUACAUAUCGGUGGCCCUGGGCUUCGCGGGCUUCGCGUUUCUCGCCCUUUCCGCCCUCGUUUCCGGUUUCCGCGUCGCCUCGUUCGUCCUCACCGGCUCCCGCUUCCCCCUCCAGUGACGGCGGGGCUCGGUUCGUCCGCUCGUCGCCUCCCCGCUGCGCGGCCACCGUCGAUGCCUCGAAGCGCGAAUCCUAAAGCCCCGUGGGCUUGUAAAAACCUAUGGUGAAAUAGCUACAUGUGUUUUGCAUCAAGCCACCGUCACCGUCCGAUGGACCCUCCUCGCACGUGGAGACGUAGGAUUUCGCUGUGUAAUAAAUGCACCCUUGGGUCAGGCGGCGUCCCACACCGGCAGCAGCCACCGGCAGACAGAGAAGGACGGUCUUGCGCGAACAACGCGAGGCGAGAUGGAUGGAUGACAAUGGUAUAUGAUUCCUUGCCCCCUCUCCCUGGCCGAUAUUAUCUAUCAGUGGCGUGGCCGACACAAGGAACAGAUUCUUCUCAUUUACUGUUGUGUUGCCUCGCCUCCCUUCUCUCGCUCGGCUUCCCCUCCUUUAUUCUUCGGCCGAGACACAAAAGGGCAGUGCUCUCGAGCGUAAGUGCGGUCUUACGGGUGAAGGAAGUCAUGGUUACGGACAUAAUUAAUGUUGAGGCAGAUACAUUGAUUGCACGGCAGAGACGACAUUGUACCAUCUCAGAUGUGGUCGCUUUAUUUUAUCUCGUUAAUGGCCGCUGGAACCUCAUUCAAGACGAUCUUGUGUUUUUUAUCUCCAUUGUUCAUCUAUACGAGUAAUAGCAGAGAUGAUGCAUGCAGCCAA